CCGCGCGCGUUCGCCGGCGGGUGGGCAUCCGCGGGGCCGCGGCGGGACGCACGCGGUGAAGAGGAGCAACGUGCCUCAGAUUCGCCGAUUUUCGCUGACACUCGCGGAAACGCGGAAGUCUCCAAAAAAUUCGGCUGUUUUUUCCUGUCAAAGGGCAGCGCCGAGGAGACGUCCGUCACAUGAUCGCAGCGACAUGGAGGCUUCUUUCCUGGCGGCCUGAGUCGGACCAAAGUGCUGCCGCGUCGAGUCGUCGGGUUCUCGGCGUUACGUCGUGGUAAGCCAUGGAGAGAUUAGAGGCUACGUCUGAGCUCCAGUCACGGCUGUCAUCCCUCUCCUUCUCGUCCUUCCCCGGAAUAACAUCCAACCAGUGCGACAACAGUCCGCUGGACAGGCUCCAGAAUACCGAUCUUUCGCAGAGCUUUAACCAGUCCCAAAACCAGGCCAACAUGGAUGAAACCAAGGAGGAUUCAGGGCAGCUUGCGGAGGGUAAUGAAGAGGCCCCUGCUGAGCCGGCCCCUGGGGAAGGAGGCGAGGAGAACAACUGUGCUGGGAACUGUCAGCUCUCCACUGAGAUGACAGCCCAGAUGCCGCCCCUGCAACCCCCAACAACAUGGACAUCUGCUGCACUGAAGGAGCUGAAGGCGAAGCUCCGACCGGAGAAGGACAGCGUGGUGACAGUGUACCGAGGCGACAUCAUGACAGUUCACGUGCCCACUGUCCCCGAGGCCAAAAAAGUGUGCUGGGAGUUCGCUACAGACGGUUAUGACAUUGGCUUCGGCAUCUAUUUUGACUGGACUCCUGUCACGAACCGGUCUAUCACAGUGCACAUCAGUGAGUCAAGUGAUGACGAAGAUGAAGAGGAGGAGCUGGAAGGGCCUGUCAGUAACGGAGAUGUUGAGAAGGGCUCCAAAACUCAAACCAACUCAAACUUGGCUGAAAUCUUACCUGUAUAUCGUCAGGACAGUCACUUGUCUGUCUAUGGGGGGAGCCAUGAUUUUCCAGGUGAAGGCACUUACCUGCUGAAGUUUGACAACUCCUACUCACUAUGGAGAAAUAAAACUCUUUACUACAGGGUUUAUUACAGUGCCUGAGCUGCCAAUCUAUUGUUUCAGAAUGUUACUCUUAAUAAGGAUGAAUUAUUUUUUGAUUCCAUAACUGGAAAAACAAACAAACUUAUAAUAUAAAAAAUUAAAUACAGGCAUAUCUAUUUUUUAUCACUAUCAGCUUGUGUUGCCACAUGUCGAAUUUACAUUUAUUGUCAGAUAGUUUUCAAUGCAACAUCUGCUCCAGUGUCUUGCUGAUAGAUAUUUGAAGAAGCUUUGCAUAGGGGCCAUGUUCACAUGUAUGCACUGUGCUAUUUGGUCAAGAGACCGUCGUAAAACAUAUUGUCUUCAGCCAUAACAUUUCUACGGUAGCAGUGAUCAGGGAACAUCUGCACAGAACAUAUAUUUCACCAGGCCAGGUGCUUAAUCAGCUCCAAAGAAAUGGAGGUUUUCCGUAGUCUGUGAGUUUGCGUCCACUUUCUAUGAUCAUGAUUGUUCUGUUGCUUUGCUGUUGUUACUUGUAUUUAUCCUUCUGCUUUGUAGCGUAAGUUAUUCGUUUUUUUUUUAAAUCGGUGUUAAAUCUAAUCAUGUGAUAAUGGAGACUACAAACUCCGCACAGACACGUCUUCUGUCAUAGUGGUGCGUUGGUAAAAGGUAUAAGUUGAAUGUACUGACACAAGUGGUAACAGUUUUUCAGAGUGCGCUUUUUUAUGACACAAAUAAAAGCCAUCCCUUAUCACAUAAAGCUCUUAUUAUGUAAUAAAGAUUAAAUAUUUACAAUUGCCUCGCCCCCCUUUAAUUUGCUGUUUUGGAGGAAGGGAGCAGUUGUAAUAUUAAAUCUAAAUGUAAUUUGUGCACAGGUCUAUGUAAGUGAAAGUCAGUGUGUUUGUUUUUUAAUAUCCUCAGUGCGUCAGGCCUACUUUGGAUUUGAUUGCGCUGAAGAGCUUUGUUUCACUCUGUGUUCAAAAUCAAUGCUUCUGCCAUGUUCACGUGUGCGCAUGUUUCCAAAGAUGUCACAGAUCGGGCUGCUAGCGCUGUACACAAUGUAAAGCAACAGGCUGAGAGCCUCCCAUGUUUGCUGUACUGUACCUUCACUGUAAGUUAUGAUAUUUGUUCCUGAAAUUUAUAUUCCACAAUAAAGAGAGGAUUGUCUAGUU